AUGGAAUCUUUGGAAAAUUUGAAAUCAUCUUUUGAUCAAGAUGUAGAAAAAAUGAGACAAUUGGAGAGAGGUUAUUAUAUUUUGUAUUUUAAAAGUUUUGAUAUUUUAGACAGAACUCGGUGUAUUACAAAUAGGAAGCAAUUGGAGAGUCAGAUGACUGAAAAUAGAAUGGUUAAAGAGGAGUUGGAUCGUCUUGAGGAGGGCGCUGAAGUCUUCAAAUUAAUUGGUCCUGUACUUGUUAAACAAGAAUUGGGGGAGGCAAAAGAAAAUGUUCAGAAACGAAUUGAUUAUAUACAAAAAGAAAUGUGA